UGGAGUUUGCCUAGGUGCUCAGUCAGUCAGAGGCAGACGGACUGUGCGCCACACUGUGACCACUGCAGCUCACCUCCUCCACGUUUAACCUCCUGAUCCGCCGGGAAAAAACACUGCAGACAUGGACAACAUCUAUGACACGAUUGCUGACGGAAGUGAGCACGAAGAGCGCCGCGAUGGAGCCGACAGCCCCGACAGAGAGCCCAGAUCUGAGAACCCAGGAGAAGCGCAGGAGCAGCUGUACAGCGAGGUGCAGGUCCACGUCUCUGCGAAGGGGGAGCGCAGCUCCCCGGACUACAUGGACACCAGGGACAAAGAAAGAAGCUCUUCCUCCUCAUCCAGCGAUGAUGAAGAGGUUAAAGCAGAGGAAAAGGUUGAGGUGCAUGUGGAGCCAGUGGUGGAGGAGGUGAAAGUGGAGGAAGUGAACGGCGAGGCGCACGGCGGAUCCAGGCGCUCCUCCUCGGCCUCCUCAGCAUCCUCCGCUUCCCCCGGAGACCCGUGCGACGACCCGCCGAUCCAGCCCAGGGUACAGGAUGAGGAUAACGCGGAAGAUGGGAUGUUGAUGUCGUACACACACCCCAACACUGACAGCACACCGGAGGAGUGUGUCGACUACAGCUUGAAGACUCUGGAGAGUGUCACUCUGGAUGAGAGCAGCGCUGCGCCGGCUGAUCCCAGCCAGCCUGACAUCUCUCUGUUCGUCAAGGCGGGCAACGAUGGAGAAAGCAUCGGCAACUGUCCCUUCUCUCAGCGCCUCUUCAUGAUCCUCUGGCUCAAAGGAGUCGUGUUCAACGUCACCACCGUCGACCUCAAAAGAAAGCCCGCAGAUCUGCACAACCUGGCUCCGGGGACACACCCUCCUUUCCUGACAUUCAACGGAGAAGUCAAGACCGACAUCAACAAGAUUGAGGAGUUUCUGGAGGAGACGCUGUGUCCUCCAAAGUAUCCCAAACUUGCCGCCAAGCAGAGAGAGUCGAACACAGCUGGAAACGACAUCUUCGCCAAGUUCUCAGCCUACAUCAAGAACACCAAACCAGAGGCCAACGCCGUUCUAGAGAAAGGUUUGACCAAGGCCCUGAAGAAGCUGGACGAUUACCUGAACAGCAUCCUGCCAGAUGAGAUCGACGCAGACAGCAUGGAGGAGGAGAAAGGCUCCACCCGAUGCUUCCUGGAUGGAAAUGAGCUCACUCUUGCAGACUGCAACCUGCUGCCCAAACUGCACAUAGUCAAGGUUGUUGCUAAAAAGUACCGCAACUACGACAUCCCCUCAGACAUGACGGGGGUGUGGCGGUAUCUGAAGAAUGCCUACACACGUGAUGAAUUCACCAACACCUGCGCUGCUGACUCCGAGAUCGAGACCGCCUACAAAGACGUGGCGAGGAGACUGGCCAAGUAACUCGCCAACCAACCUGAGCUCAGACGAAAUAAACUACAAACACAACAAACAAAACCAUCAUCACUGUUCAUCAUACAUGUGACUUUAGAGUCUUCAGUGGUGUUUUUGUCAUAUUAAGCAGGUCAGAUGUUGCAGAUGUUAUAGGGUGGCUCAUAAUGCUUUACAGCUGUUCGUGGUGUUACAGUUACAGAG